AUGGCACCAAAAAUGUGUGUGAUUAUGAUUGUGAUGGUAUUGCUAAUAAUGGAAUCUCGACUAAAAGCAUGUUGUGGAAUGAAAACCAAUGAAACGAAUAAAGACUGCAUUAUCAAAUGCGACCAAGAUGAUUACCAAUGUCAGACACAUUGUUACAACGUCUGCGAAACCCCCACACCAUCGGCUCUCGUAGGGGAGGAACCAAUAGUACCAGAACAAGGCAAGACUGCCAUAUGCUACAAAAAUUGUAGCAUCAAAUGUGGCACUGACGCAGAUUGUUUAGUACCUUGUGUAAAGAAAUGCCCCAGAACUACCACUCUUUAUUAA